AUGAAUUUUAAGGAUACAGACUUUAUUUAUCGCAAAUUCUUUGGAUCUAAGAAUGAAAAGAGGAAACAGUCGAUUUCUAAUAAAAAGGUCCAAAAAAAUAGGAAUAUUUUGGAGGAAUCUAGGAACGCAGUUGAUUUAACAUCGAUUCUUCUUCCAAAUGAACCCGGAUAUAUUAUUCCAGACGAAAAUGAAAAAACUUAUGAACUAACCCAAACGAAACUUUUAUCAUUAGUUGAUCAAGGAACUAAAAACAAGGCUUUGAAGUUGAAUUUACCAUAUGGUCCAUAUUUUGUUGAUUUUUCUGCUAAUGGUCGAUAUCUUCUCCUUGGAGGUGAAAAGGGGCAACUUUCUUUAAUUUGUACUCAAACAUAUAAGGAUUUUUUUGACAUCUCGGUACUGUUGUUUACAGUGUUAAUUUCAUCACUAAAUUGUCGUAGCUCAGAAGAUCUAUGUUCACAUUUACGACAACACGGGGUCCGAAGUGUAUACCUUAAGAGGCCGAAUGGUACCAUAAUAUACCUAUUCCUUAGCUAUUCUAAAAUCCAAAUAACUAAUUUUCAGUUGACGUAUAAGUUGGAAUAUCUUUACUAUCACUACUUGUUGGUCACAGUAGGAGAAUUUGGAGACCUAUGUUACCAGGACAUUUCUACCGGAGAAGUUGUGGCAAAACAUAAUACAAAGAAGGGGCCCUGUAAAGUCAUGUGCCAAAACAAGAAUAAUGCUGUUAUACAUCUCGGACACAAUGACGGAUUAGUUUCAUUAUAUGUACCAAAUAUGGAAAAGGUAACGGAUUGUUCUUACGAUGAUUGCUUAGGGUUUGAUGGCUACUGGAAAGUUUGGGACCUCAGAAACUACAAGGAGGCUGUUAUUAGGCAGUAUGUCGGCUCAAAUCCCCCCACCUGCGCUACCGUCAGCCAAACGGGAAUUCUUUCACUUAACAUUGGCAGUCGGGUAGAAUUUUAUAACAAUGUUUUCGAUGGAUCAAAUAAGCCAAAUUUAUAUCUUAAACACCAUUUCAAUUCACAAGAGAUAAAAUCAGUGGCAUAUCAGCCCUAUGAGGACGUUUGCGCGGUUGGAACGACCUUUGGCAUGUCAAAUUUGAUUAUUCCGGGUUCUGGUUAUCCCAAUUUCGAUGCAUUAGAACAUAAUCCAUAUGAAACAGGAAAGAUACGGAAAGACCGUGAAGUACAAAGGUUACUGGAAAAAUUACCCGCUGAUUCUAUAACGCUGAAUGCCCAGCCGAUUGGUAGUUACUCGAGAGACCUAUCCCAGGCCCAGUUUUCCACAGAAGAGCCUGAAAAGGUAGAAAAAAAUAAGGAAACCACCAGAAAGAGACCCAUUAAAUCUUCCGCCAAAUAUAAGGCUGAGAGAUAUAAUAAGGUAUUUAUGAGAAGACAGCAAGCAGUUGAGGAUAAAAUAAAGAGCUUGAAGGAAACAGGAAAACAGGAAGAAGCCAAGGAAGAAAUUCUGACAAAAAUGACCAAAAAUGACGUUGUAAAAGGACCAGUAAUGGGCGCAGCGCUUUCAAGAUUUUUCAAAAAAAAAUAA